GGCUGCGCGCUCCUGCGGUGAGGGCGGGGCGAGGAGCAGCGCGCCUGCGCGCCUCGUCGCUCCGACGUUACGGGCGGGCGCGGUUCCGCGCGCAGGCGCGUAGGUUCCCGGCUGGGGCGUUCGGCUCUGCGCGCGUGCGAGCUGCGCUUCCCUCCUCCCCCCCCCCUUCUCCUCAGCGCGUCCCCUCUCCGCCACCAUUUUGUGUUGUGAAUCCGGCUUUCCGCCGUCGCCUUUACCCCAUCUCGCUCCACGCGUGCGAGUCGAAACGACGGCCCCAUGGCAGAGAGCCAGCCAGCGACCGGGCAGGGAGAGCCUGUCGCCCCGGGUGGGUCGGGAGGCCCCAGCUCGGAGCCGGAGACCCGGCGGCUGAGCGAGCUGCGCGUGAUCGACCUGCGGGCAGAGCUCAGGCGCCGCAACUUGGACAGCGGCGGCAACAAGAGCGUCCUGACCGAGCGCCUCAGGAAGGCUAUUGAGGAGGAAGGGGGGAAUCCUGAUGAAAUUCCAGCGGUUUCAGAAAUUGUCAACAAGAAAACUUCAAAAAGAAGCAGCAAAGGACGUAGACCAGAUGAAGAGGGGGUUGAAGACAAUGGCUUGGAAGAGGAUUCUGGAGAUGGACAGGAGGAUAUCGAAGCAAGUUUGGAUAACUUUCAGGAUAUUGACAUGAUGGAUAUUAGUGUGUUAGAUGAAGCUGAAAUAGAUAAUGGCAAUGCUGUAGAUUGCGGAGAGGACUGCAGUGCUGAUAAUAUUCUUGACUCGCUGUCUGACAGUAAAGAAAAUGCUGAUGCAGAAACGAAAGGACUUCCAGAUCAGCCUACAGCAUAUGCUGUACGUAACUUGGAGGCAUCCCCACAAUUUUCUGAAAUUAAAGAAGAAUCAGGAGAAAUACCAGUAGCAAUGGUAGAGGCUGAAGACGUUGGAAACAGUUUCAGUGCCGCUUCGUCUGAUUUAACUGUAAUAAAGGUAAAUUGUGAAACUGAAGAAUUACCUUUGGAGCCAGAAAAUGAGAAAAUACUCGACAUUUUGGGGGAAACUUGUAAAUCUGAACUACUUAACGAAGAAACUUCCGAAGUGGAGCAGCCACAUGCACAGGAAGCAAGUAACGUGGUGCCAGGCAAGAGGCUAGCAGAGGAAGAGGAUGUUCUUGCUGCUGCUCAGUUGGAGGAAGAUGCUUUAGAUUUGGACAGCAAAUCGGCACAAGCUAUGUCAAGGAAGGAGGCAAAGCGUUUAGUUGUAGCAAAAGGGGAGAGAAGUGAACAGACAAUAGAGGAAGAGAAACCGGACUCUGAAUCUUUAGUAUUAGAGACCCUAAGCGAUCAGAGUAGCAAACGAUUCCAAGGCCUGGAAGCCUCUAGUGGGGAAACAGCGGAAAAAGGCGCAGGUCCUGAAGGCAAAGAUAGCAAAGAAGAUGCCAAGAAAACAGAAGACAAAGCUAAUUCUGAGGAAUCCCCUGCUACUAGAGAGUCCUCAACCAGUGAGGGCGGUGAUCAGAAAAAGAGCCCUGUUGAGGAGGACAGAGAUACAAAGAUGAUCUCAAGAGAUGAGAAAGGUCGUGCAGGUAGUGGUUCUGGCAGAAAUUUGUGGGUUAGUGGACUUUCUUCAUCUACUAGAGCUACAGACUUGAAGAAUCUUUUCAGCAAGUAUGGAAAGGUGGUUGGUGCAAAAGUAGUGACAAAUGCUCGCAGUCCUGGUGCUCGCUGUUAUGGCUUUGUUACAAUGUCAACAUCUGAAGAAGCCACCAAGUGUAUUAGUCAUCUCCACAGAACAGAGCUGCAUGGAAAAAUGAUUUCUGUGGAAAAGGCAAAAAAUGAACCAGCUGGGAAAAAGCCUGCAGACAAAAAGGAAGGGGAAGCAAGGAAGGAAAAAGACAGGCACCAUUCAGCAGAUUGCAAAUCCGAGAAGUCUGUUGGUAUUAAAAAGGAGGAUAAGACUGACAAAAAAGAUGAUGCUAAGAAAUCAGAAAAAGACGGAAAAGAUGAAGGAAAAGAGAAAGAUGAUCAGAAAGCGGGACCCUCUGAUCGAUCUAGAGCAAGCAAAUCAGCAAGUCGAGGAACUGAAAGGACUGUGGUAAUGGAUAAAUCCAAAGGAGAGCCAGUUAUCAGUGUGAAAACGUCUGCAUCAAAAGAGAGAAGUACGAAAAGCCAGGAUCGUAAAUCUGGGAGCAAAGAGAAACAAGAUAUUUUAUCAUUUGAUAAAAUCAAAGAACAGCGAGAACGUGAACGUCAGAGGCAGAGAGAGAGAGAAAUCAGGGAAACAGAGAGGCGACGAGAGAGAGAGAGGCGAGAACGAGAACAACGGCUUCAAGCCAUUCAUGAACGGGAUGAGAGACAGAGGCUCCAGAGGGAGCGGGAACGACUUGAGUUUCAAAGACAGCGUCUUGACAGAGAACGCUUGGAGAGGGAGAGAUUGGAGAGAGAAAGAAUGCACAUAGAGCAGGAAAGAAGGAGAGAACAGGAACGAAUUCAGCGAGAGAGGGAAGAGCUGCGACGCCAGCAGGAACAGCUACGCUAUGAACAAGAACGGCGAUCUGCAAUGAGAAGGCCAUAUGAUCCUGAUGGCAGGCGAGAUGAUCCUUACUGGCCAGAGGCAAAGCGAAUGGCAAUGGACGAUAGGUACCACUCUGAAUUUGGUCGUCAGGACCGCUUCCAUGACUUUGACCACAGGGAUCGUGGCCGAUACCAAGAUCAUUCUUUGGACAGAAGAGAAGGUUCGCGAGGGAUACCAGAUCGAGAUGGGCAGCAUUACCCAGAUGAACGCCAUGGAGGGCCAGACCGUCAUUCCCGGGACUCCCGGGAUAGUUGGGGUGGCUAUGGGUCUGACAGAAGAAUGAAUGAAGGGAGAGGGAUACCUCCACAAACCCGAGAUGGACGUGACUGGGGAGAUCAUGGUCGAAAGUUAGAGGGGCAUCAAGAUCGUUCAUGGCAGGGAAAUGUGGAUGGAGGAAUGAUGGGACGGGAUCAUGAGAGAUGGCAAGGUGGUGAUAGAAGCAUGCCUGGUCAGUCAGGACCAGGCCAUGUGAUGAAUCGAGGAGGGAUACCAGGGCGUGGAGGCUUCACACAAGGUGGAAACCAGAGCCAGAUAAUGCAGAGUGGUGGAAUACAAGGAGGUUUUGCAGGCCAGGAGAGAACAAACAGACUGACUGAAACCCGUUUUACCCGCCGUUACUGAAAGCACUAUAAAUAAUAUAUAUUUAUAUAUAUCUAUAUAUAAAUAUAUAUAUUUUUUUAAUACAAGAUGACAAUGGUGGUGAAUUCUAUUGAGCAGGGUCACCUUGAAUCUGUGAUUAUGAAAAGCAAGAUUGCUGCCAUAUUGUAGCCAAAUAUAUCAGCUGUUUAUUUUGUUGUUGUGAAUGUGUUCUUGGACAAGUAUUAGUUAAAGUUUCUUUUAGUGAAACAUUCCAUUUUUCAAAAAUAAUAAAACCAGAUUAUGGCUAACAA